AUGAACCAAUAUAAAUAAUAAUCGAUGGCCACAAAGGAACAUUUUCUUUAUAAAUUAGUCACAAAAGAACAAGCAAAAGCAUUUGCAUGGUCAUUUGAAAGACCAAAUACGGAAGCUCUACUUUAUCCUUAUAUCUUCUUACCAAUCCAACCACAAGAAGUGAAAAGUCAAAAAAUUUAUUUAGGACUAUGUUAUACUGAUUGUAAAUUUGAAAUCAAUAACAAAAGGUCAUCUUGUUAAUUAAGAUUUGUUUCUAAUCAAUUAUCCAAGUGUUCCAAGACAUGAGAUAUUAGGUCAUGUUUUAAUGAAAGGUGACUAAUUACACAAUUCAAAAUUAGUGAUUUAGUUGGUGCAGGAUUCAUAAGAGAUAGUUGUGGAAACUGUAAAUUAUGUAUUUAAGGAAAUGAUUACCUUUGUGGAGUAAAGGUGGAUAAUUAUUUUAUCCUUUUGCCUAAAUUUGAUGAAUUCGCAAAACAUAUAUAAUUCCCAGCUAAAUGGGCUUUUCCAAUUCCAAAUACUAUCCCAUAACAUUUAGCUCCACCUCUUUUCUGUGCUGGUAUUAAAGUCUUUUGCUCCUUUAAAAAGAUAUUUCAAUUCAAACAACUGUAUAAUUAUUAUUUAAAAUAUUCUAAUAAAUAGUAUAAAAUUAAAACUAUAUUAUUAUUAUUGA